UCCUCUCUUCCUUUCUAUACUCUCACCACCCUUUGUGUAACGACCAAAUUUAAUCACAUCUCUCGUAACUAAUUAUUAGAUGUGCUCACUAAUAAUUUGACGAUGAUAUAGGAGAGAAAUUAAGAUAAUUAAGUUCAAAGUUCUUCUCAUUACAUCAUUAACAUACACAUUACACAUAUACGCGUAUACUUUUAAGGUCCGUUUGGUUGGAAAUAUUUUAGGCUUGGAAACGGAUUGAGGUAACACGCUCCCUUAUUUUAUGUUUGGUUGGGUUAUCCAUUUUUUUCACUCCCUUACUAGUAGCCCAAUUUUGAUUCCCCCAUCUUGAAACCCUCCUCAUACCAUAGGAAAUAAAAAGUAAGGGAGUCAUUAGGCCAAUGAUUCCAUUCCUACAUCAAAACAAACAAGUGUCUAAAGUAACACAUUCCAUUCUUUCAUCCCAUUCCAUUCCCUUUCCAUUCCUUAUUUUGAACCAAACGACCCCUUAGUAGUAUCUAAUAAUUUCUUUGAAGGUAGUGUAUCAUCAUAUCGUCUCUUUGAUUACUCUUUUCUUCUUCUUCUUUUUUCCAAAUAGUUGUCAACUAAAUUUUUUUUUCGUUUAGAAAUGGAACCAUUACUACCAAACACAAUCGCUGCCCUACAAGACAUAGAACAACACCUCUUUGAAGAUUAUCAUCUCCCAUUAUCUCCGAUUUCCACAACCAAUUUCGACUCAACAACACCAUCAUUCACUAGCCAACUAUAUCCUCAAAACAAUAAUAAUGCUAAAGUUACCACUUUCACUAUUUCCUUCAGCAAUGAGGAUCGUUGUCAUUCUAACAACGAUCCUCUCCUAGAAUAUAUUUACUCGUCACUUGAAGAUCAAGGGAUUGAUUAUGAUGAAACCUUUCGUAUAUUCUGUAGCAAACCUCCGCAAAAGGUUGCUACUAAAUAUGAAGCGAGUCAUAACAAUAAUCAAGCUAACUAUAUAGGGGUAAGGAGAAGACCAUGGGGUAGAUUUGCUGCUGAAAUUAGAGAUCCUAAACGUAAAGGUUAUAGGAUUUGGCUUGGUACCUAUAACAAAGCCAUUGAUGCUGCUCGUGCUUAUGAUCGUGCAGCUUUUGACAUUAGAGGCAACAAAGCUAGGCUUAACUUCCCUCAUGAAGUUGGGAGUUGGUCAUCUUCUUCUUCGUCUUCUUCUUCCUCUUCGUCUUCCUCUAAAACAACUCAAGUACAUCAUGCAGGUGAUAAACGUCUAAGAAAUGAUGAUAUUGAGAAAUUUAUUGAUGAUCAACUGAUCAACAAAAUGCCUAGAAGUUCUAACUAAUUACUUCUGUUUAGAUCCUAUUUUAUGCAAAAAUUGCACGUAGAAAUAGUAGAUGAAUAAGGUUUAUUUUUUAUUUUCGUUGAUUUAUGUUAUGGAAAAACUAGUAUUGUCUACAUUUGUACACUCCUUUGCUCGGUUAGUACAGGACAACAAUAAUAUUUCACAUUCUUGUCAUUAAAUAACAUUU